UCACGCGGAAGGCUGCGUCGAACAGAAAGUCACCUCUUCUUGUCGGUCAGGGAGAAGCUACUGACAGCUAAUAGCAGCGGCUUCUACCGGGGAAAGGUCGACAGAGGGACAGUAGCAUCCUCCUCUGAUCUUAAACUUCCAAGUAUCCUAUUUAAACUGCAUUAAAUAGCGUCUAGCAACAGUUCUGUGGCUGGUAAACGCAGAUAAACAACAAGCUAACAGUUUAUAGGAAGCUAGCUUCUGUAGUCGCAAUAACCCCGAUCAUGGCUGCGCUCAGAGCGUCCUACCACAGGAUUCUGGACCGGAUCGAGCACAUCCUGCCCGCCAAACUGAGACCUCUCUACAACCACCCGGCAGGUCCAAAAACAGUUUUUUUCUGGGCCCCGAUGUUUAAAUGGGGCCUGGUCAUGGCUGGUUUGGCUGAUAUGACCCGACCAGCAGACAAACUCAGCACCUCCCAGUCUGCAGUGCUGACAGCCACAGGGCUCAUCUGGUCCAGAUAUUCGCUGGUUAUUAUCCCGAAGAACUGGAACCUUUUCGCUGUGAACUUCUUCGUGGGCAGCGCAGGAGCGUCCCAGCUCUACAGGAUCUGGAACUACAAGCAGGAGCUGAAGGCUAAAGAAGCCGAGUCGUGAGGAAGUUCUCGCUGCGAUGCUGCUGACACAAAGGGAGACUUUUAUCUCAUCUCUGCACCAUCCCAUGCUGUCCCCAUAACAUCCAUGCCAUAACYACAUUUUACCACAUUAAGCCUGUUGUCCCUGAAGGAAAUACGCUUUUCCCCAAGUUUCACGUUUCCUCAGGGUGUUUAUAAAGAGAUUUAUUUUUUUUUUGUAACUCAUCAAUACACGCUCAAGAACCGUGGUMAUCAACGCACAAGUACCGCUUGUUCAUCAAGUUUUACGAUUGUACAGUGUCUGAAUUAAAACGCGUCAUGCUUUGUAUCGUGUGCACUAGUCGGGGAAAUGUUGCGUCAUUUGUCAACUGACGUCUGUCAGAUGUAGCGAUCAGUACCUCAAGCAAAUUUCCCAAAAUGCACCUGACUGUUGGAUCUGUGCUGAAUGUCACCAUAAAUUUAGGAAGGAUUUAUCUUUUCAUUCACAUAUUUCUAAUUUCAUUGGUGUCUGUUCCUCAGCAGUCAUUAAACCUUUGAUUACAAUGGAAAGGAUUCCUUCCAUUUGAAUAAUCCAUUCAAGAACAAACCCUGAUUUAUAUAUUUCUUUAUUUUGACAGGUGUGUGAAGUUAUUCAACGUGUGUGUGCAGCUUUGCGAGUCGACGAGCAAACACUGGUACAGACUGUAACAGCUCUUUUUAGACUUCCUCGUAAAAUACCUAAUCUGGGAAAA